UUGUUCAAGAUGAUUUAAUUGAAGGUGUUAUUGCUAAAAAUAAUAUUAGAUUUGUUGCUAGGAAUGCUAGAAUUACAAGACCUGCAUUCAAAUAUUGUAGACGUAAGCAGAUUUUUGUUCUAGAGGUUCUUAAGACCGUAGACGACGUAGUUGUACUCUAUAAACCUUUUAAACAUAAUAAAGAUGCCUUUUUAAUGUAA